UUAAUUAAAAAUAUGGAUCUUCAUCUUCUUCCGGGUCUUCCUAAUGAUAUGGGCCUCGAGUGUCUUAUUCGGCUUCCAUACCGGAAUCUCUCUGCCGUUAACUCUGUUUGCCCAGGUUGGAAGCUUCAGAUUCAGCUUCCGGAGUUUUGGAGACAAAGAAAAGCUGCGGGCUUUGCUCGCCGGGUUAUUGCCAUGGCGCAAGCUCGGGUCGAACCCACCCGGGAAUCGGCGUCUAUCAAGUAUACUAAUACUGCCACUCCUCUUUAUCGGAUGACGGUUUUUGAGCCGGAAACCGGCGACUGGGCCCAGCUGCCGCCGCUUCCUGGGUUCACAAAUGGGUUGCCUAUGUUCUGUCGGGUUGUCGGGGUCGGGUUGAACCUGGUGGUUAUGGGCGGCUGGAAUCCGGUUACUUGGGAGGUGUCCAAAGCCGUUUUCGUUUAUAACUUCGUCUACGCCACGUGGCGGCGCGGCACGGACAUGCCCGGUUGCCGGAGAUCUUUCUUCGCCUGCGCCUCCGAUCAGAACCGGACGGUGUUCGUCGCCGGUGGACAUGACGAGGAGAAGAAUGCGCUGAGGUCAGCGAUGGCCUAUGAUGUGGCCGGAGACCGGUGGGUCCCACUGCCUGACAUGGCAAUGGAGCGCGAUGAGUGUAAAGGCAGCUUCCACCGUCGCAUGUUCCACGUCAUCGGAGGCUAUGAGACUAAAAUGCAAGGUAGAUUUGGAGCAAGCGCCGAGGCAUUCGAUGUUUCUACGUGGCAGUGGGACGUGGUGCAAGAGGACUUCUUGGACACUGCCACCUGUCCACGAACUUGCGUGGACCAUGAUGACAUCAACGGGUAUUUGUACAUGUGUCGAGAUAACAACGUGGUUAAACAAACAAAUUCGUCAUGGCAAGUUGUGACUCAACUUCCAGCGGAUGUUUCCAACGUGGCAUAUGUGACGACAGCCUGGCAAGGUAAGAUGAUGGUGAUUGGCUCAUCAAAAUUCAGUGAGCCCCACAAGGCGUUUAUUUUGGAUUUAAAUACUUACACGUGGACCAACGUCAACAUGCCGGAAAACUUCUCCGGCCAUGUCCAAUCCGGAUGUUGCUUGGAAAUAUAGAGUUCAACGCUGAAAAUGAAAAAGGUUGUAAAUAUUGUAUAGUAUUGAAUCGUCAAUUUUGGUUCAUGAUACAUAUGCACUAUUUACUAUAUAGAGCAUUAUUUUAUCCAUUUUAAUUUGAAUCGGUUUGGGUACUAAUAAUAUAUUUUGAAUC